AUGUAGCACCACCAUUCUCCCAGUGUUACCACCCCAGGGUUGGACCAGUGCAGGGGUUCUCACAUAGAUGUAGUCAGCACAGAGAGGGCUCUUUUACUGUUGUAAUUGUAGCGUGGAUACUGGAGUGAGUAGUGGGCAGUGGGAGACUUCUUGUUGAGGCGUUCAGGAUGUUUCCAGUGAGGCAGCCUUGGCUUUGCAAGGCCUUAGGUUGUUAUGAUUGCUGUGUCCGCUGCAUUGGGGCAAUCCCGUACCCCUCGCUGGUGGCCACCCUGCUGUGGUAUGCAGGCGCGGCAUUAUUCUGCGGAGCUGGGCACCAAGCUCUGGCCCAUACAGAAGUCCUAGUGGAGACCCACUUUGCCAAGAACCCUCAGGACUAUGUGGUCAUGGACUCUUUUAUCAGGUACUUCCAGUAUGUCAUCUAUGGCCUGGCCUCAUUCUUCUUCCUCUAUGGUAUCUCACUGUUGGCUGAAGGCUUCUACAGCACCAGCGCCGUAAAGCAGCAGUUUGGAGAAUUCAGGAGCACCCAGUGUGGUCGCGGCCUCAGUCUCACGUUCAUCAUAGUGACGUACAUUCUGGCCUUCAUCUGGCUGAUAGUUUUUGCAUUCAGCAUCAUCCCACUCUUCUUCCUCUUCAACAUGGAACAAACCUGUCACAACAUCAACAUUUUGGCCGAGACCACCCCCAGCAUCAGUCAGCACAACUGGAUCUGUAUGGAUGCUCGGCAGUAUGGUCUUCUUCCCUGGAACGCGAUGCCUGGCAAAGCGUGUGGGAUGACCUUGGCAUCCAUUUGCAAAGCCAGUGAAUUCCACGUGGUCUAUGACCUCUACAUAACAACAUUUGCAGGAGCAGGAGUCAUGCUGUUAGCACUGUUUUUGUAUCUUGUCGCCACCACCUACAACUACGCCGUCCUGCGGUUUCUUGGCAGGAAAGGUAUCCGCUAACUCCACGCCUCCAUCCGUCCAGCUCCAGCUCCACUUUUGGCUGUGAGACGGACAGUCACUGCACACAUCACUGGCUCCCAUUCAUCUCUGUGACACAGCGGCGUCCACACGAAUCGCUGCUAUUUCUCUAAAACUGUCCAAUAACUGACACAGGUAUCUCAUAACUGUCCAUAUGAGCAACAGGGAGAAAUGAAGCACUUUUAUAUCAGCACCAAACUUAAGGCUCUGCGGAUCCUCUCGGGUUGCUCAGUGUCCUCCUGUGGUGUAUGUAUCAUUUUGUAAAGGUGUUUUUGUUUUCAAGAAUGACAUUUGAUGAAUAAUUAAGAGAUACGGUAAAUCUGAGCAAUAAGUAUUGUUGUGAAACUUUAAAAAGUAAGACUCUGAGGUGUGUUGAUGUAGAUAUAUACAUAUGUAAAAAGGACACAGGGCCACUGCCAAGGCCUCACAACAACAGUAUGAUGUAAUUCCCAAAUACUGUGUUAGUAUAGUUUCAUGUUUCACACAACAUUAUAUAAAACCACUAUUACACACUGCAUAAUAAUUUAAGACUGCCAAACACACAGCAAAAUAAUCAGAAAUCUGUAUAUAUUUUUGUUAACUAUUAAACUAGUGCACGCACAGUACUGUACAUGUUUCUCUGUGUUAACUGAUGCAUACAUACAUUUUAUAUGUGGAUAUGGCUGGCUUUUCACACUAUUUUUGCUAAUAUGAUGUAGACUCAAAAUAAAUCUGAAUGUAUCAAAGUUUUCUGAGAUAGAAUCUGGCUUUUAGUUUUCCCUUCAAAGCAAAUUGCAUUGAGUGGCUUUAGCUUUUUGCUUUGUUAAACACCAGUGUGUGGGAGGGCACAAUGCAUAAAAAGAAGCUGGUGCUAAUGCUGCUUUCAGGGCUUUAUGUAAUACUUCAAGACUCAAGUGUUGCUUAUGGAUUGUUGCUUCAUCUGUAGAUUAAAAACAAUUAAAAAACAUUUUUAUGCGUGG